CAUGCGGGAACAAGCGUUCAACAUCAAUAGACAUCAAUUCAACGUGUCCGUCUCUUGAGCUGAGUACAACGGGCAUAUUGCCAGGCGCACUAUCUCUGUCCUCCACUAGUGCCUCUUUAUCAACUUCAGCCAAUUCAACACCUGUCCUUCCCCCGGAAAGCUCCAUCUUUCGACAGGGCAGAACAAUGCGGUUGCCUUAUGCCAUCCUUUCCUGUGUCCUUUUAGCGCUGGCUCGUGCAUCACCCGAUACAGACGGUGGACUACAGUCCCCAACGCUCAAACCGCUCGUUCAACGAGCAAAUGCAUAUCUCUCCGUGGGUCAAUUUGCCGACGCCGCGAAGACUUAUACCGAGGCCCUCGAGCACGCGCCGAAUGACUACCUUUUAUACUAUAAACGUGCCACUGCCUACUUUUCGAUAAAUCGACACUCUAAUGCUCUUGAGGACUUUGAGACUGUUCUACGGCUCACAAAUGGGAACUUUGACAAAGCGUUGCUCAUGAAAGCGAAGAUUCUUGCACGGGAAGCCAAUUGGGCCGAGGCAAAAGCUCUAGUCAAGAAAUACACGAAGAAAGUCGGGACAGGAGAUAAAGAGGGUCAGGACCUCCUUUUCGCGAUAUCAGAUGGAGAGGUGAUCACGAAGAAAGCACUAGCUGCUCAAAAAGCAAAGAAAUACGAUGAAUGCGUUGAACAUUCCACCAAUGCCUUAGCCACCGCCUCACAUGCAGUAUGGUUACGUGAAAUGCGGCUCAACUGCGCUUUGGGGGCAGGCGACGUUGAGCAAGCUGUCGGCGAUAUGACACGUCUCACACACCUCUUACAACCAUCCACUGAGCUUUUCCAAAAAAUUGCCAACAUGUCGUACUUCCUCCUUCCCCAGAGCUCGCAAGCUCUCCAGACUCUCAAACAAUGCCUGCAUUUCGAUCCUGAUUCCAAGCCUUGCCGCACAUCUCACCGAACCCUAAAGGCGUUCGAAAAGGAUUUUGGAAAACUAAGCACUUUCGAGGAGGUCGAGAACUGGUCUGGCCUCAUUCGUAUAAUUGCGGGGGGCUCCAGCGAGCCAACUGGGCUCGCAAAGAAAUUUGACGGAGUACUUGAUGCUUCCACCCUCCAUUUACAGCUUCCUUCUUCGCUGAAACCGCGGAAAUUCUCUCCAAGACGACUUCGACUGUACACGCUUGCUUGCAAGGCGUAUGUCAAGUCAUCUCAAUUUAACAAGGCAGAGACUUGGUGUGACGAAGCUUUAAACAUGGAUGAGAACAACCUAGAAGGCUUAGUUGGAAAGGCCGAAGCCCAGUUGAAGAAGGAAGAAUGGGAGGGGGCCGUUCGGUUAUUCGAGAAAGCAUUCGAGGCGAGUGGACGGAGUCAUGAGAUUGCUCAACAACUAGAAAAAGCAAGGCGACUUUUGAAACAGGCAAGAAAAAAGGAUUACUACAAAGUUCUUGGAGUGGCCCGUGACGCUGACACCAAGACGAUCAAGAAAGCAUUUCGGAAGGCGUCCUUAAAAGCUCACCCUGACAAAGGCGGGUCUGAAGCCAAAAUGGCAGCGGUAAACGAAGCGUACGAAGUCCUCUCGAAGCCUGAACUUCGGGCUCGAUUCGACAACGGGGAUGACCCCAACGAUCCUGAGUCUGGACGUGGACCUUCUGGAGGACACCCCUUCCAUUUCGGGGGAGGUGGGAAUCCCUUCCAACAUAUGUUCUUCCAGCAGGGUGGGCCGUUUGGGCAAGGCGGGCCUUUCGGUGGUGGCGGAAGACAGUUCCAUUGGAGUUCUGGUUGAGGGUGG